UAUGCAUCCGGCGGCCACUGAGCAGCUUCCUCUAGAGGGAGCUGAUCGCUGCCGGGAGCAGCCAGCUCCUCUAUGGUCACAGAGACUUGCGGGUCCCUGGGCCAAGCAGGGACAAGCCGGGGCUGCAUCCAGAUACCAGGAAUUCACUGACGCCGGUUCCUGAAAUCUUGCCCCCGGAGCACCACUAGCUGCUUGGGAUCUUCAGACUGCCGAGUCACCCCAAGUCUGGACCAGAGUCUGGCAGAGCAGCAGGUGGCCCAGGACACAGAGGAGGUCUUUCGAAGCUAUGUUUUUCACCUUCACCAGCGGGAACAAGAGACCCAGGGGGCAGCUGCCCCUGUUGACCCUGAGAUGGACACCUUGCCCCUAGAACCCAACAGCAUCCUGGGGCAGGUGGGUCGGCAGCUAGCCGUCAUUGGAGAUGAUAUUAACCGACGCUACGACUCGGAGUUCCAGAGCUUGCUGGAGCAGCUGCAGCCUACAGCCAGCAACGCCUAUGAACUGUUCACCAAGAUUGCUUCCAGUCUAUUUAAGAGUGGUAUCAGCUGGGGCCGUGUGGUGGCUCUCCUGGGUUUUGGCUAUCGCCUGGCCCUGUAUGUCUAUCAGCGUGGUUUGACCGGCUUCCUGGGCAAGGUGACCUGCUUUCUGGCAGACAUCAUACUUCACCAUUGCAUCGCCCGCUGGAUUGCACAGAGGGGCGGCUGGGUAGCAGCCCUGAAUUUUCGCUGCAGAGACCCCGUCCUGACUGUGAUAGCAAUUUUGGGCGUGGUUCUGGUGGGCCAGUAUGUGGUACAAAGAUUCUUCAGAUCAUGACUCCUGGAGGGGGCCCUUUGGGGUCCCAUCCAAGACCCCUGCCUGGGCUUUGGCCCCAACUUCCCACUCCCCUCUCCCCUGAAGCUGCCUCCCCAUUCUUCCAAGAGUACAGAAGCUUUAGCAAACAGGCACCCCAGCUUUGGAGACACCUUCCCAGGGGUCAUCCAGGCAGUCAUGGGUACCCCAACAUUGCAUGGUGCUAAUGGGCUCCCUUUCUGGGCCCCAUCCUGUCAGAGAGGGGCUGAUACUUUGGGAGGUAAGAGGCUGGGGACCACUUCCUCCUAGGAAGUUUUUAAUGGUUUUAGCUUUUUAUGAUACCCUUUGGAGACAACCCCCACCCUUUUUCUUCCACUAUGCCCUAAAUCAGGACACUGAGAGUUUGGGGAUCAGUGGGUCUAACCUGUGUUCCCAGGACUCAGCUACUUUGGGAGGUCAGAGCUUGAGCCCAAUCCCUGCUCCUCCCUGGUUCCCAGGAACAGGACUGGCUGGGGGAGGCGGGGGAGGCACCAACUGAUCAGCUCCCUGAUUCCCACUCCCUACCCCAUAUUGCCUUCAUGACUGGAUUCUCAGGGAUUCUGAGCCCAGGGUUAGGGUGGAGGUGAGAGGCCCUCCAAGCCUGCUCCCCUUCCCAAUAUCUUCUCUGUUUUCACCCAUCCCCUCACCUGAUAACCACUGCUUCCAGCCCUGGGGAAGACCCUUGCCCACUCCCCACUCCUGCCUGCUGGGGCCCCCCUUUGACUGAUUGUACAGCCUUGGACUCCUAUUUGUUAUGACAGGGGAGGAGGGUGGGACACUCAUCUGGAGGUGUGGAAGCAAGGAAGGACCACCAUCAGUGGAAGUGAUCAUGGAGCUGGGUGCAGCGUGACCCCUGGGAACUGUGAAUACUUGAACUCCACCAUACCCACACUCCUUGCCUGCCUAGGCCCUCCUUGGGUGGGGUGGGGUGGGGGUGCCUUCUCUAUCUUGCACAACAUAAGGGUAAGGAGAAGAAAGUUCCUGAUUAUCCCAAAUGCAGGGAGGGGAGGCAGAUGCUGCCCAACCUCCAUCCCACCCUCUGGCUGUGUUUGGAAAUAAACUGUGCAAUCCCCCCCUCA